CCCCGCCCCAGGACCCCGGCCGCGUCGCUGAGGCCUGAGGAUGACGACCGCGGCGAGGCCGACCUUCGAGCCCGCGAGAGGGGGCCGCGGGAAAGGCGAAGGGGACCUGAGCCAGCUCUCCAAGCAGUACUCCAGCCGCGACCUGCCUUCCCACACGAAGAUAAAAUACCGACAAACCACUCAGGAUGCCCCUGAAGAGGUUCGCAACCGUGACUUCAGGAGGGAGCUGGAGGAGAGAGAGCGAGCCGCCGCACGAGAGAAGAACAGAGAUCGGCCAACUCGGGAACAUACAACCUCCUCUUCGGUGUCAAAGAAGCCUCGGUUAGACCAGAUUCCCGCUGCAAACCUCGAUGCGGACGACCCUCUGACAGAUGAGGAAGAUGAGGACGAGGAUUUUGAGGACGAGAGUGAUGACGAUGACACUGCGGCCCUCCUCGCGGAGCUGGAGAAGAUCAAAAAGGAGAGGGCGGAGGAGCAGGCCAGGAAGGAGCAAGAACAAAAAGCCGAAGAAGAAAGGAUUCGAAUGGAAAAUAUCCUCAGUGGAAACCCGCUCCUGAAUCUGACCGGGCCAGCCCAGCCGCAGGCCAACUUCAAGGUCAAAAGAAGGUGGGACGACGACGUGGUGUUCAAGAACUGCGCCAAGGGCGUCGACGACCAGAAGAAGGACAAGCGGUUUGUGAACGACACGCUGCGCUCCGAGUUCCACAAGAAGUUCAUGGAGAAGUACAUUAAAUAGCGCAGUUUUAUGUGCUUGACGCGAGACUGAGUCGGAGCCCUUCCCCGAUUCGCGGGGCGACGCGUCUCCCCCGCCCCCGUCGUCCCACACCCCUCGCCUGCCCCCGGCGGCCUGUCCCCGUGUCCACCCUCUGCGUGUCCCUCGCACCGGGAGGGUCUGCUCGUAAUAAAGCUCUAGUGACCGGCCCGCCCGGCCCUG